UGGGUUACUCUGCUAUUUCUGUACAAUUAGAUUUUUUCCAAAUUCAAAUCAAAUUCGAAUUUAUCUCAAAUUUAUGUAAAAACCCACUAAUGAUCAUCCACAUCCAAUUGGGUUACAAUAUUCUCUUCUCUCUCUAUAUAUAGGUCAUGUCUCAUUUACCUUUCUUUGAGACUCUAGUUUCUGGGUAUUCUGGUUUAUUGGAUUUUAUUUAUUCUUCUGUGUUAUUGUUCACAGAGAGAGAGAGAGAGAGUGAGAGAGAAAUGGAGAUUGAUCUGUCACCGAAGUUAGCGAAGAAGGUGUACGGAGGAGAUGGAGGGGCGUACUACGCCUGGUCUCCGGAUGAGCUUCCUAUGCUCCGUCAAGGCAACAUUGGAGCAGCCAAGCUCUCCCUUGACAACAAUGGCUUCGCUCUUCCUCGCUACUCUGAUUCCGCCAAGGUCGCUUAUGUUCUUCAAGGUAAAGGUGUUGCCGGAAUUGUCCUCCCUGAGAAAGAGGAAAAGGUGAUUGCGAUAAAGAAGGGCGAUGCAAUUGCCCUCCCUUUCGGUGUUGUCACAUGGUGGUACAACAAGGAAGACACCGAACUUGUCAUCCUCUUCUUGGGUGAUACCUCAAAAGCCCACAAAUCCGGUUCCUUCACUGAUUUCUUUCUAACGGGCUCCAAUGGCAUCUUCACGGGCUUCUCUACUGAGUUUGUGAGCAGAGCAUGGGAUUUGAAAGAAGAUGUUGUCAAAACCCUUGUUGCGAAGCAAACCGGCAAUGGUGUUGUCAAGCUUGAAGCGGGUUUCAAGAUGCCCGAGCCCAAUAACCAACACCGUGAUGGGAUGGCAUUGAAUUGUGAGGAAGCUCCGUUGGACGUUGACAUUAAGAAAGGUGGGAGGGUCGUGGUUUUGAACACCAAGAACUUGCCUUUGGUCGGUGAGGUUGGACUCGGAGCUGAUCUUGUGAGGUUGGAUGGCAGUGCUAUGUGCUCUCCUGGUUUUUCUUGUGAUUCAGCUUUGCAGGUGACUUAUAUUGUUAGGGGUAGCGGCCGGGUUCAGGUUGUUGGGAUUGAUGGAAAACGGGUCUUGGAGACAACUCUCAAGGGUGGCAAUCUGUUUAUUGUGCCGAGGUUUUUUGUUGUUUCAAAGAUUGCUGAUCCUGAGGGAAUGGAGUGGUUCUCCAUCAUCACCACUCCUGAUCCGAUUUUCACUCAUUUAGCAGGAAGUAUUGCACCAUGGAAGGCCUUGUCACCGGAAGUGGUCCGAGCUUCUUUCAACGUUGAUUCGGAUGUAGAACAGCAGUUCCGGUCGAAGAGGGCUAAAGAAGCCAUCUUCUUCCCUCCUCCAAACUGAGAAAUGGAUUAGCGCUUCCUGUUUUCAGUUUCAAAUCAUAUCUUAGUUUGGUACUUUUUCCGUUGUGUUUUCUUUCUGAGGUGGUGUUUGGGAUGGAUAUUACAGAACAUAAAUAUUUCUUUUUUGCUUGGAUUUUAUUUUAUUUUUCAAUACAAAGUAAAUGUUUAUUAAUUAGUGAAGAAUUGGGUAUUGUGAAAC